AUGGCCUCAGACUGGAGUCGCGCCUCCUCUGGUCGUUUGCUCUGCUACAUUGUUGCCGAGGUGCUCACGGAGAAAGACAUCAGUGUUAUCUUCGCUAUCGAUGCGAAGGUUUUUCCUCUCUACGAGAAACUGGCCGCCUUUUUGCCUUCAGCGGCCGUGGGUACUCUCACUGACAGUUCUACAAACAUCGUAAACUUACUGCGUGAAAAUUAUGACAAAAUCGCCAACCGGGCGGAGCUUCUCCUUUCCUAUGACACCGACUCUCUCGAGGUGAGCACUCUUCUACGGUUCUGCUUAGCCUUUCCUAAGUUAAGUUGA